AUGCAGCCUGAUAAAACAAUCGAUGUAACCCUGAGAUAUAGCCUGAUUAUUACCUCAUCUGCCUUGGAGAGCAAAAGUGAGGAUCAGGCUCACAUGGCUGUGAAAGUUACUGGACCUCCUGGUCUUAGUGUCCCUGGCCCACCUGGUCCACCUGGAGAACAAGGAGAAAAUGGACUCACAGGACUGACUGGCAAAAUUGGCCCAAAGGGUGAUCCAGGAGAGCCAGGGGAGAGAGGAGAGUCAGGAAGAUCAGGUCCUGCAGGACCAACUGGCCCACGAGGAAAAGAGGGUGAAAGAGGUGACAAAGGAGAAGAAGGAAUCUCUGGUGAGCCAGGCCUACCUGGGAAACCUGGAGAUAAAGGUCCACGGGGUCCGCCAGGCAUCAGAGGCCUUCCUGGUGAGAAGGGAGACCAGGGAGACCCAGGUGAAGAUGGGAGAAACGGCAGCCCUGGACCAUCAGGGUCAAAGGGUGAUCGAGGGAGUCCCGGAGAGCCGGGUCCUCCAGGCCAAGUUGUUGGUGGGGGACUUGGAGAAGCAGGGCAAAAAGGUGAAAAGGGGGAGCCAGGAGACCCUGGAGAGGAUGGCAUGAAAGGAACAAAAGGAGAAGUUGGUUUACCUGGCCUGCCAGGAGAACGGGGAAUUGAAGGUCUCAGAGGGGUCCCUGGAGUUCGUGGUGACCCUGGAGAUCGAGGCCCAGUAGGAGAGAAGGGUGAUCGGGGUCCUCCAGGCCUGGAUGGUCGGAAUGGCUUGGAUGGAAAACCAGGACAAAUAGGCCCUUUAGGCCAAAGAGGUGAUCCAGGAAAGCAGGGUGACCCUGGUCGAGAUGGCUUGCAAGGUCAGCGUGGAGAGCAAGGUCCUCCUGGAGCAAUUGGUCCACCGGGAUCUCCAGGACUGCCUGGCAAAACUGGUGAAGAUGGCAAACCUGGGCUGAAUGGGAAGAAUGGAGAAGAUGGGAUCCCAGGAGAAGAUGGGAGAAAGGGGGAGAAAGGUGAAUCUGGAACACCUGGCAAAGAAGGUCCUGAGGGUGUUAAAGGAGAGAGAGGAACCAGUGGGCCCCCAGGGCCUCCAGGGCCAUCAGGUGUUCCCGGCGUGCCUGGACAAGUUGGUCAACCAGGCCAGGGCUUGCCUGGCCUCCCUGGAUUAUCUGGCCCAAAGGGAGACAGAGGAGAGCCUGGAUUCAAAGGAGAACAGGGGAGAAAUGGUGAAACUGGGCCACGAGGCGAACCCGGGACAGCAUCAAAUGUUGAACGUGCCCUAGAAGCAAAUGGUAUUAAGAUUUCCCUACUCCGAGAGAUCACUGGUGCUUAUGAUGGCAGCUCAGAUCUGCUACCGCUUUUCCCUGACCGCCGGAGAGGACCGAAGGGUGAGAGAGGAGAUCCAGGAGAAAGGGGGCCACCAGGGAAGGAGCUGGGAAAAGCUCUUCACACAUAUACAAACAAAAUUCUAAACUCAGUAUACAUAAUAUUUUCCUGGAUAUUGUAUCCUAAACCCAAAUACCAUGACGAUGAUGUAGACAAAUUGGUUCAACACAGAGGCUUCCCUGGGGAAAGAGGAGCAAAAGGAGAUAAAGGGAAUGAAGGACCACAAGGACCACCAGGACGUGCCAUUGGAGAGCAGGGGCCAAGAGGAACGCCUGGGCUGUCAGGGGAGCCUGGGAAGCCUGGAAUUCCAGGGCUACCAGGCCGGGCAGGAGAACUUGGAGAAGCAGGGAGGCCUGGAGAGAAAGGUGACAGGGGUGAGCAAGGUGCAAAAGGAGAACAGGUAGAUUCGACAGUAGAAGGGAGCGUCUCUGGAUUUCCUGGGGAACGUGGACCUAUAGGACCCAAGGGAAGCAAGGGAGACCCAGGAGAAGAUGGUGUAAAGGGUUCCAGAGGCGAUAAGGGUGAAGAUGGUCAAAAAGGGGAGAGAGGUGAUGCUGGUGAAAAGGGCAGGGAUGGCACUCCAGGUCCUAUCGGCCCACCUGGUACUCAAGGCAUACCUGGAAUAAAGGGAGAUGUAGGAGAACCUGGGUCAAGCACACGAGGUAUGCCAGGCCCUCCAGGAACUGUGGGAUUCCCAGGACCACCAGGAUCUUCUGGGCCUGUGGGUGAGCCAGGGAAGCCAGGUGUACCAGGAAGAGAUGGAGUGUCUGGAAAAGAAGGGGAGCCUGGACCGCCCGGGAAAAUGGGUGUUCCAGGACCUUCAGGACCUGCUGGUCCUAAAGGGGAACCUGGAGAUGCUGGGUCCCCAGGACAGAGUAUAGUGGGGCCUCCUGGAGUAAAAGGUGAAAGGGGUGAACCAGGCGUUUUUGAUGAGGAAUUUCUGAAGAAGCCAGGUCUCAAGGGUGAUCGAGGCCUACCAGGUCCUCGUGGAGAGAAAGUAAGAAAACCAUUUUCCAGACAAGAACCUAAAUUUUCAUUCUCCAGCAUCUGUUAG